AUGGCAGCUAAAGACUUUGCCGAAAUCGAUACCGGCUUUCCCGUAUAUGGUCUUCGCUUUAUCAAUAAUCAUACUUUGUUAGCAUGUGGGGGUGGUGGUGAGGGUAAUAAUGGGAUUCCCAAUAAGGUCACGGCCGUCAGAUGUAGCUUCACUGUCUCUGACAAAAGUAGACGGCUCCAGAAAUUUCGGGAAAUCACGUUGCCGGCACAAGAAGAUUCUCCAAUGUGCAUCGAAUUCUGCCGGAGUUCUGUAGGUGACAACAGCCGCUUUCAGAUCUUUGUCGGAUGCAAUCAGUCGACAGAAUUGAUUCGAUCGAUGAACAUUAACAACAAUUUGAGGAAGUACAAUUACACCGAAGAUGAACACUUGCAAUUCCUGGAUGCGGUUCAAUUUGACGAGAACUUGCUGGUAGAAUCUAUCGGCGAAUAUCCCAAAAUUGUGCACUUGUCCACUGACGCCUCCAUUGGGGGAAUGAUGACCUCUAGAAUUCCUUCCGAGAUUUUUAUCUUCAACCCCGAUACACUUGAGUUGACCUUACGUUUCAAGCCCCCGGCUGCCUCUGAAAUAAAGGACUUCCAUUUCAACCAAGAUGAUUCGGGGAAAACUUUCACUUACGUGACAGCCUCUUUCAUUGAAACAAUCUCCACCCAUUCGGGCAAUUCAAUCAGUUCCUCUGCCAAUGCUGACAAAAAAACUGCAAAAAUCUUGGGCAAGUAUUUCUUCUCCAAGGUGCGCUAUGUUAAUGGGCCAAAGGUUAUUAUUGCUGCUGCUUCCAGGAAUGGAAAAGGUGCCGCAGUCUUGGAAUACAAUACUGAGACAAGAAAAGUCUUAAGAGAAGUUAUUAUUUCCAAUAAGAUCAAGGGCAUUGUUGCUAUUGAUGUUUCCAAAUCAUCUGGCAUGUUUGCGGUGGCAGGGAACGACUUCUCCGUGUCUUUACUCCGGGUUACUGACUUCAAAAUGAUCAAAACGUAUACUAAGUUGCACAAGUUUGCCGUCACUUGUUUGAGCUUUUCCCCCGACGGCAAAAAAUUGGCAACUGGCAGUGCAUCCAAUACUGUCAAUGUGCUUUUGGUGAAGCCGUCGUCUGGUGGAUUUUUCUCCUUCAUUUUUUCUCUCUUCCGCUUCAUUUUC